AUGACUGAAUCGACGGACAGUACAACAAAUUAUAGACCAAGUGAUCAUAAUAGUGACGAUGAUCCAAUCGAUUGGUUUGUGGUACUAAACCAUCAAAAAGAACAUGUUGGUGAUGAUUUUGGACUGUUUGAUGAUGAUGAUGAUAGUCUAACCUUAUUUGAUUUGAAAUCUAUACCUAAAUCUGAUCAUGAUUUAAGUAUAUUCGAUGAAUUAGAACAUCAAUGUGAUGCUGUUUUACUUGCAACAAAUAUUCAACAAAAUACAAUAAUAUCAACACUUAAUAAUAAUAAUAAUAAUAAUUCUUAUUUAUCUAAUCAAGUAACAACAACAACAACAAUGAUGAAUGAUUAUGAACGACGUUUUGAAUGUUCACUUCAAAAAUUAACUAUACCUUCAUGGUAUAUCAAUACUAUUCCAUCACCUAAAAUAGCAAGUAAACCAAUGAUUAAUAUAACAAAUCAAGUUAAUCAACAAUCUCAUCGUACUCCAGAAAUAGUUCAUGUACAACGUCCACGUAGUUAUCGUUCAUGUCGUUCAUCAUUAGGAACAUCACCAACACCAUCCAUACAUUCAUGGCAUCCAAAUCAUAUAAUGGAUGGUAUGAACUUUUCUUCUGUAUUACCUUUAUCACCAUAUACAUCUUCUCGUCGACGUAAUAAAUAUGAAAAAGGCAUUGAACGUGUAAUAAAAUCAAGUCAUUGGUAUCGACCAACACAAUUUGCUAAUGAUAAGAAAAAUGAUCAUUUUUGUGGUACUACAAAAAUAUCAUUCAAUCAACCAGAAAAAUUGAAUUAUAAUCACUAUGAUAUACCAAAAGUUUAUUAUGAUGAUAAAAAUAAUAUUUCCAAUGAUAUUAAAGAAUAUUUUAUUUCUGAUCAAAAUAUAACAUCUAGAUCAUGUAUUCAAUCACAAUCAAAAUAUUUGAUUAACGAUAUUGAUUUUGAUAAUGAGAAAAUAUCUUUUGGUCGUAUCGAAUUAGAAGAAAUAUCUGAUGACGAAGAAAACGACAAACGAUCGUUAACUAAUAACAUACAUAAACUAUCAACUGUAGAAGUCAUUGAUAAUAAAGAAAAUGAUAGAAAUACAUUAUUAGAACAUAUUGCUAGCAAUUUAGUUGAUUCAAUAUUAAAUGAUGCAUUACUUUCAGAAAAACUUAACCAUGAUAAUAAUAAUAAUGAUGAUGAUGAUGAUACAAAUACAGGUGUUAGAGAAUUAUCUGAUGAUGAAGAGGGUCUUCGUGAGUUGGAUGAAAAUGAUAUGAAUGGUACAGAUGAAUUUAUUGUUUUUGCUACAAAAACAGAUGCAUCUGAUCAUGAUGAUGAUAAUGAAAAUGAAAAUGAUAACAAUAAUCAAACAUCGUCAAUCGUACCUCGAGGUAGUCUUAAUCGAUUAUAUACAUUUUCAAGAACAAAUGAUGAUACAUCAAUUAAUUCAAAAACACAAUUGUCUAAUCAAGAGUCUACAACAUCAGAAUUAAUGAUUGUUGACAAGAAUGCAUUAAGAACUAAUUCUCUUACCAAUAUAGAUUCAAACCAAUCAGUUAAUACAAUGAUUAAUCUUGAUGAUAACAAUAAUAGUUCUCAUAGUUCAUCUCCUGUAUAUCGUUCACAUAUACAAAAACGACAUAUUAAUUUAGGUCGAUAUUAUGAUGGAAUGUUACGUGGUACAAAUAGUCAAAUACCAAUACAUGAUUUACGUUGUAAUCUUGCUUUAAAAAAUAUAGAUAAAAUCGAAUCAAUUGAAGGUGUUAAUGAAGAAACUAUACGUCAAGGAAGAAUUUUACUUGAUAGUAUACCAAAUUCUAUUGAUAUUAAUACUCAAUCAAAUGAAAAUGUUCAAAAUGAAUCAAUGCCUACUCGAUCAAUAUUAAAAAACACUCGAUUUUCAUUAACAGAUGAAAUUAAUGAAAAAAAAUCUAAUGAUAAUAUAAUAAAAAUAGCAGAAAAAACUGAAAUUUCUCCAAAAAAAAUUAUUACAACAACAAUAACAGAAGAAUAUCGUCGAAUACAACGACGAAUUAUUGAAGAAUUCACUGAAGAAUACAAAGAUAAAAUAUGUCAAAAUUUUGAUUAUUUAAAGCAACCAGAACAAUAUCAUUAUACUCAACAAUCAUUAAUACCAUCUGUUUCAAUAAAUGAUCAAUCACCAUAUGAAUUAUUAUCCGAAUGUUAUUCAGGUUAUUCUUUUAUUCGAAGUGAUUUUUUAACACCAAUAACAACUCCAUUAACAUUAAAUGUUUCAUCAUUACAAUCGACAACUGAUGAAGCUUAUGAAUCUGAACCAACAACAACAUCACCACGUUCACCAACAAUAAGUUCAUCACCAACAACAACAACAACAAUGACAACUUAUGUUCAUCCAAAUCUUGUACAUGAAUUUGAAUAUCCAUCACCACCACCACCUAUACCUGAUCGACGUCUUAAACCAGCUCAUUUACGUCCACCACCUCCUAUAAAACCUCGUUCUCAUCAACAACAGAAGAAUUCAAAUGAUUUUAAUACAAUAGAUAAAAUACAACUUUCACCAUUAAAAGCUAUUGAACAUCUCAUGACAACUACACCAAAUGAUUCAACAUCAUCUUCAGUACGAACAUUAAGUAGUCGACAUUAUUGUGGUUCAUUACCUUUAUCUAAUGAACUUGUAACAUCAUCAGAAUCUCAAACGAAAUUAAAACAAGAUAGUAAAAUAGACAAUACUUUAAAUUCAUCAACAAAUAAUGAUUAUAAUCAAAAAGAUAAUACAUUAAGAAAAUCAACAACAUCAUCAGUAAAUAGAAAUAGAUCAAAAAAACCAUCAUCUACAUAUUUUGAUGAAGCAACAAAUGGUUUAGCUAUUCGAUUACUAGCACCCAUGUCAGAAGGACCAGAUUUAACAAAUAAACAAACUCUCAAUAGGUCAUCAACUCCAUCGUCUAGCAAACGAGUCGAUGGAACGAUAAAAAAACGACCGAUAUCGGAAAAUCUCCAUUUGGAUCGAUCAUCUAUUUAUGAAACAUCGGUCUAA